AUGGCCUAUCUCAUGAAUCACACCAGAGCAGUUCGGCGAGAGGACCUUGCUAGGGAAGCAGAUGAACAUGCUGACGGCAAUUCUGCACCCCGCCGUGUUGAGCAUGAUGGAGCAGGUGAUGAAGAGGUUGCCGCCGCACGUGCUGCACUCGAUGCCUACAUGAAAAGCUCAUUGAAGCUGGAGUUUGAUGUGCGACCCCCACAGUCAACGCCGUCAAUAACUGUAGUAAGCAGUGCAAACGACAAGGACGUUGAAGAUGUUAACGACGAUGAGUCCACGGAUUCUUCAAAUGACAGCGGUACACAGCGGGGAUCAAGAAAGAGAAGCAAAACACAACGCCAGCGAAGCAAGAAAGACGAGGCCGCAACGAUACGCGGCACAACAGAGUUUGCUUUCCGGAUGUUCUCCGGGAGUGGAAAAGCCGCAGUGCCCGUCCAAAGUACAGACACGUCGACAGAAACUAUAUCUACAAAUGCAGCUGUGGCGCCGACGCCGGUUGUUCUGCUUGAUGACGGCGAUGGGUCCGAACUUCUCGGCCCCGGUGGCCUUCUCAACCCGCCUCGGCCUCUCAGCUUCUACCUAGCCGGCGAGCCGUCGUCUGAGGCAUUGGCGCGCUAUUGUCAGAUCACGGUCUCCGGCGAAGAUAUCGUCAAGGCCAGCCGCGAAGCUCGUGCGUGGGGCUGGGAGGUUCCAUGGCGUGCACGCACCGUCGUGCAGGCGCCCAGUAAGACUGCUAUGCGGGCCCUCCUGGCCAACGCUCUGGCCCCGGACGGGGUAGCCGCGUUACCCGAGAAUCUUGCGCUGGCGCUUGCAUCAGCCCCCAAUACGGUUCCAUCCUGGGCAUCUUCUCAGUCACGCGAACCGAUCGGAACGUUACCGCUCCUACCCCAAGCCUCCGACACUCCAGAAACAAAACCAAAACACCGCCGGCCCGGCAAACGGCACCGUAUUAUCCUACGGAAGCGUGAGCAGGACCGACGUGAGAAGGCCGCCAAGGCGGUCGCUCGGGCACUGUCCAAAGAGGACCACCUCUUGGAAAAGAAGAAGCGGCUCAAUCGUAUCAAGAAAAUGAGGCGGCGAGAGAAGAAGAGGGCAGCCAAGGGUGACGAAGGCGCCGACAGCGGUGGUGACGACAACGGUGACGAUUUUCGCGCUAAUUGA